GUGAUACACGGUGGCUAACCCAGUUCCAGGUAAGUAGCCACUCGAGAGUUGUGACUGAAGCUGAUCGUGAACCAAAUGCCCCUCAGUUUUGGCUAUGCUUCUGCCUGUUUUGACUGAAGUAACAAACAACCUGGCAGCUAGGGUUUCCACUCGCAGUAAGCAGCCUCCGAAUCUUCGUUCACCUCUUCUGGUUCUUGUCCACUCUAGUCCUGGCUUCUUCAAAGACGUUUGUCGCUGCUUUCGCUCUAUCGUAUAUAUUGUCACGCCUAACCGCCUCCAGCGUACAUACUCUCACGCCUAACAGCCUCCCAGUUGUCCAGACGUGCCAUCAGAUACUUCUCAUCUGUAAAUAGCUGCCGUCUAAGGUUCUUAGGCUUUCGAUAUUCGUUUCUGUAGCCUUCUUUUCCUCUCGGCUCCAUUAGGGUUAGUAGCAGCAGCAGCAGCAGCAGCAUGGCUCACUUUGCGGACCCAUGGGUCAGAGACUUCUCGGAUGCUUCCAGGAUGGCGGAUGACGUGGCAGGACUCAUUCAGGAAAGAAACGACGCGAUAAAAUCCAAAGGGGACCCAUCGCGUCUAGUCGCUGCAGCUCGGCGGAAGAUUGCGAUGCUUAUGGCGAAAUCGGACCGGCUAGAAACGGGGCUUCGAGCCGCAGCAGAGAAGUCGCAACUCAACGCCACGGAGGUAAGGCGACGGGAAGACCUCCUUCUCGCUCUUCGGUUCAAGGCGAAGGAGAUGGCAGCCGUGCUCACCUCCGCGCAAUCCGCCGCUAACAGGUCCGCCCUGCUUGGCCGAGACGGGCGGCCGUUGGUGGCGGUGGAGACGGAGAGAACAGCCUCACGGGAUAACAGGGGUCUCGUGGCUCUGCAGCAAGAGAUCAUACAAGAGCAAGACUCUGAGCUGGAGGAGCUGGAGUCGACGGUGGCAACCACCAAGCACAUCGCUCUGACCAUCAAUGGGGAGCUGGAUUUACACCGACAUUUGCUGGAUGAUUUGGAUGACAACCUCCAGUCAACAAAUGCUCGUGUGCAGUUGGCCAAGAAGAAGAUGUCCAUAUUCAUGCGCCGAUCAGACAACACAUGCAACAUGCUCCUUGUCAUGAUGCUUGCGGCUGGGCUUGUCUUCGUCGCUCUUGUAAUGUACUCCAUCCUCAAGAUUGUUCUGUGACAUGAGACUUGUCAAGGAUUUCGGGGUUUACUAACUAUUUUAUGCCGAGCUACCAUUGUACAGUGAAGGGGCUUUUCAUGUAAAAAACCAUUUUAGUAGCAUCUAUAAUUGAGAUAU